AGAAGACGAAGAGGUUUUUCGCCCCUGACUGAACGGGUUUAUUUUUCUUAUUGAGAAACACCAUUUAGACCUCAUAGUAAGACCUUAUAAUGGAAUCAGCAGGGAUGCGACCGUGUUCUUCUAGAAAACCUCCACACACUCCUGGUCCCACUGACUCACAGCUUUGUGGGGAUGUGCAGACAGAAAAAUAUACGUCUUCAGAUGGAGGGACAUCAGGCUCUGUAGAACGCAUCACCUGUGUGAACCUUCAGAAACAUGUAAAAAAGGAAGAAACUGUAGAUGAAGAAUACUUCUGUGAAGCAACACCAGUCUCUGUGGGACACAUCACACCUGUGGACCUACAGAAUCAUGUGAAAAAGGAAGAACCUGAAGAUAAAGACUAUCUCUAUGCUGGGACAUCAAACUCUGUGGAAGAUGUAGACCAAAAUAAUGUAGGAUUUGAAAGGAAUCAUAUAAAAGAGGAAGACUCUGAAGAUGAAGACCAUCUACAUACAAGGACAGACUGGGACAUGGAUGAUGCCCAGGUACAAGUCUUCUCCUGCUCGUGGUGUUCACUUUCCUAUACAUCUCAAAUUAACUUCCACAAACACAUCAGAAGAUACCACUAUGAGGAGUAUGAGAGACUGCUGCAAUCAGGAGAAUUAAAAGACAUGAACCAGAUCACUGCAAUAAGCUCCAGUAUUCAGCAAACAGUCUCUGUUACACUCAACAGUAACUCCUCUAAUAAACAAAUGCAGAAAGAAGUCUAUCCCUGCUCACAGUGUGGGAAGAGUUUUACUAACCGGCGUCAUCUUGGACAACACCAGCACAUUCACACUGGAGAAAAGCCCCAUCACUGCUCAGCGUGUGGGAAGAGUUUUAUUCGACAGAGUAAUCUGCAAAGACACCAGCGCAUUCACACAGGAGAAAAGCCGUAUCACUGCUCAGAAUGUGGGAAGAGCUUUAUUCAACAGAAUAAUCUACAAGAACACCAGCUCAUUCACACAGGAGAAAAGCCGUAUCACUGCUCAGAGUGUGGGAAGAGUUUUGGUCGACAGAGUGACCUACUAAUCCAUGAGCGCAUUCACACAGGAGAAAAGCCAUAUCAUUGCUUGGAGUGUGAGAAGAGCUUUAAUCGACUGAGUAAUCUACAAACACACCAGCGCAUUCACACAGGAGAAAAGCCGUAUCACUGCUCAGAGUGUGGGAAGAGUUUUAUUCGACAGAGUGACCUACUAAUACACCAGCGCAUUCACACAGGAGAAAAACCAUAUCAUUGCUCAGAGUGUGGGAAGAGUUUUAAUCACCAGGGUAAUCUACAAAAACACCGGCGCAUUCACACAGGAGAAAAGCCGUAUCACUGCUCAGAGUGUGGGAAGAGUUUUAUUCGACAGAGUGACCUACUAAUACACCAGCGCAUUCACACAGGAGAAAAGCCAUAUCAUUGCUCAGAGUGUGGGAAGAGCUUUAAUCACCAGAGUAAUCUACAAAAACACCAGCGCAUUCACACAGGACAAAAGCUAUAUAACUGCUCAGAAUGUGAGAAGAGUUUUUCCCAAAAAAGAAGUCUUCAGCAACACCAACGCAUUCACUAUGGAGAAAAAUUGUACAAGUGCUCAUACUGUAGGAAGAUGUUUACAAAUAAAGAUUAUCUCAAAGUAAAACCUCCACACACUCCUGGUCCCACUGACUCACAGGCAGAAAAAUAUACGUCUUCAGAUGGAGGGACAUCAGGCUCUGUAGAACACAUCACCUGUGUGAAGCUUCAGAAACAUGUAAAAAAGGAAGAAACUGUAGAUGAAGAAUAUUUCUCGACACCAGUCUCUGUGGGACACAUCACACCUGUGGACCUACAGAAUCAUGUGAAAAAGGAAGAACCUGAAGAUAAAGACUAUCUCUUUGCUGGGACAUCAAACUCUGUGGAAGAUGUAGACCAGAAUAAUAGAGGAUUUGAAAGGAAGCAUAUAAAAGAGGAAGAAUCUGAAGAUGAAGACAACCUCCAUACAAGGACAGACUGGGACAUGGAUGAUGCCCAGGUACAAGUCUUCUCCUGCUCGUGGUGUUCACUUUCCUAUCCAUCUCAAAUUAACCUCCACAAACACAUCAGAAGAUACCACUACGAGGAAUAUGAGAGACUGCUACAAUCAGGAGAGUUAAAAGACAUGAACAUUAUCACCACGAUAAGCUCCAGUAUUCAAGAAAUAGCUUACUCUAAGAAGCAAAUGCAGAAAGUCUAUCCCUGCUCACAGUGUGGGAAGAGUUUUACUGACCAGCGUCAUCUCACACAACACCAACGCAUUCACACAGGAGAAAAACCAUAUCACUGCUCACAGUGUGGGAAGAGCUUUAAUCAACGAAGUCAUCUUCAAGCACACUUGCAUAUUCACACAGGAGAAAAACCAUUUAACUGCUCAGAAUGUGGGAAGAGCUUUAUUCAACAGAGUAAUCUACAAAGACACCAACUCAUUCACACUGGAGCAAAGCCAUAUUCCUGCGCAGAGUGUGGGAAGAGCUUUAUUCGACGGAGUGAACUACAAAUACACCACCGCAUUCACACAGGAGAAAAGCCGUAUCAUUGCUCAGAGUGUGGGAAGAGCUUUAUUCGACAGAGUGUACUACAGAUACACCAACGCAUUCACACAGGAGAAAAGCCGUAUCAUUGCUCAGAGUGUGGGAAGAGCUUUAUUCAGCAGAGUAAUCUACAAGAACACCAGCGCAUUCACACAGGAGAAAAGCCGUAUUCCUGCUCAGAAUGUGGGAAGAGCUUUAUUCAAAGGAGUAAUUUACAAAUACACCAGCGCAUUCACACAGGAGAAAAGCCGUAUCACUGCUCAGAGUGUGGGAAGAGCUUUAUUCGACCAAGUGAACUACAAAUACACCAGCGCAUUCACACUGGAGAAAAACCGUAUCACUGCUCUGAGUGUGGGAAGAGCUUUAGUCGACAGAGUAAUUUACAAACACACCAGCGCAUUCACACAAGAGAAAAGCUGUAAGAGUGCUCAAAGUAUGGGAAGAGUUUUAAUCAAAAGAGUAAUUGCAUACUUCAACAGAUUUUUGUGGCGGUCUCGAUAGCCCUGUCUGUCGCGUCGUACAGGUCACACGCCGUGGAGGAAUGUGGACACGUGGAGCACUUCAGCAGGCGACAGGUUUUCAGCGGGCUGCACAUAGGGGUCGGGCAGGGGGCACUUAUCCUGCCAGAACAAGCGAUUUUUGGGGGAGCGACUCCAGCUAGCAGGUACAGCUGGUUGAGUGGGGUCGGCUUGAGGCAUCCGGUUACGCUGAGGCAGGUGCCAUUCAGCGUGGAGAUCACCUGCGUGGUGUCUAUGGAGCGGUGCCAGAGGCGAACUUGCCAGCAGAGAAGCACAGUGCCAGGCCAGUGGUUCACACAGUGGAUACGACCGUGCUCUUCUAGAAAACCUCCACACACUCCUGGUCCCACUGACUCACAGGCAGAAAAAUAUACCUCUUCAGAUGGAGGGACAUCAGGCUGUGUAGAACACAUCACCUGUGUGAACCUUCAGAAACAUAUAAAAAAGGAAGAAACUGUAGAUGAAGAAAACUUCUUGACACCAGUCUCUGUGGGACACAUCAUACCCGUGGACCUUCAGAAUCAUGUGAAAAAGGAGGAACCUGAAGAUAAAGACCAUUUCUAUGGUGGGACAUCAAACUCUGUGGAAACUGUAGAUCAAAAUAAUGGAGGAUUUGAAAGGAAGCGUGUAAAACAGGAAGAAUCUGAAGAUGACAAUGUCCGUACAAGGACAGACUGGGACAUGGAUGAAGCCCAGGUAGAAGUCUUCUCCUGCUGCUGGUGUUCAUUUUCCUAUAUAUCUCAAAUUACCCUCUACAAACACGUCAGAAGAUACCACUAUACGGAAUAUGAGAGACUGCUACAAUCAGGAGAGUUAAAAGACGUAAACCAUAUCACCGCAAUAAGCUCCAGUAUUCAUCAAAUAGCCUCCAUUGCACUCAACAGUAACUCCUCUAAUAAACAAAUGCAGAAAGAAGUCUAUCCCUGCUCACAGUGUGGGAAGAGUUUCACUCACCGGCGUAACCUCAGACAACACCAGCGCAUUCACGCAGGAGAAAAGCCCCAUCACUGCUCACGGUGUGGGAAGAGCUUUAAUCGACAGAGUAAUUUACAAACACACCAGCGCAUUCACACAGGAGAAAAACCCUAUCACUGCUCAAAGUGUGGGAAGAGCUUUAUUCACAAGUGUCAUCUACAAAGACACCAGCACAUUCACACAAAAGAAAAGCCCUAUCACUGCUCAGAGUGUGGGAAGAGCUUUAUUCAACAGAGUAAUCUACAAGAACACCAGCGCAUUCACACAGGUGAAAAACCGUAUCACUGCUCAGAGUGUGGGAAGAGUUUUAUUCGACAGAGUGACCUACUAAUACACCAACGCAUUCACACAGGAGAAAAGCCUUAUCAUUGCUCAGAGUGUGGGAAGAGCUUUAUUCGACAGGGUGAUCUACAAAAACACAAGCGCAUUCACACAGGAGAAAAACCAUAUUGUUGCUCAGAGUGUGGGAAGAGUUUUAUUCAACAGAGUGAUCUGCAAAAACACAAGCGCAUUCACACAGGAGAAAAGCCAUAUCACUGCUCAGGAUGUGGGAAGAGCUUUAAUCGACAGAGUCAUCUACAAACACACCAGCACAUUCACAAAGGAGAAAAGCCGUAUCACUGCUCAGAGUGUGGGAAGAGCUUUAAUCGACAGAGUCAUCUACAAACACACCAGCGCAUUCACACAGGAGAAAAACCGUAUCACUGCUCAGUGUGUGGGAAGAGUUUUAUUCACCAGAGUAAUCUACAAAGACACCAGCGCAUUCACACAGGAGAAAAGCCGUAUCACUGCUCAGAGUGUGGUAAGAGUUUUAAUCGACAGAGUACCCUACAAACACAUCAACGCAUUCACACAGGAGAAAAACCGUAUCACUGCUCAGUGUGUGGGAAGAGCUUUAUUCGACAGAGUGAAUUACAAAGACACCAGCGCAUUCACACAGGAGAAAAGCUGUAAGAAUGCUCAAAAUGUCAGAAGAGUUUUUAAGAGUAUUUUCAUACAACUACAACAAAUUCUCCUAGCAUAGUUACUGAUUUGAGAUGUACUUUAAUUGCUGUACUUUAAUUGCUUUAACUGUAAUUGCUGUAAUAAAGGCUGGUGCUGGUCAUGGUAUGUGGGAUUCAUUCAA